ACGUAUAAAACGUUACAUCGAACUGGCGCGAGAUUAGAGAAAAUGGCUGAAACACAGGACGUUAGCGAAGGAGAAAAAAAUGGAGAAGAAGAAGAAGAAUGUGGAAUUACUAUGUUAGAUGUUCUGGAAGACGAACAAGAAUUGGAAGAAGAUGCCAAUGCAGUGUUAGGUGGGAGCGAUGACAAAAACUGCACUUAUCCAAUGGGAUAUGUCAAGAGGCAAGCAUUAUAUGCAUGUGGAACUUGUAGCACAGUUGAUAAAGAUCCAGCCGGAAUAUGUCUGGCAUGUAGCUAUGCCUGUCAUGAAGGUCAUGAAUUGUUGGAGUUAUAUACCAAAAGGGGGUUAUUACAGAAGAAAGAUGGAUUGAAUUAUCAAAAUGAAUACAACCAUAACUUCAGAGGAAGAUACUGUUCAUGUGAACGACCAUAUCCUGACCCAGAUGAUGAAGUUCCAGAUGAAAUGGUCCAAUGUAUUAUUUGUGAAGAUUGGUAUCAUGGAAGGCAUUUGGGAGAAAUGAUUCCAGAAAACCAAGACUUUUCGGAAAUGAUAUGCUCUUGGUGCAUGGAGAAACUUCCAUUUCUUUGGUCCUAUAGUGUUCAGUGUGCAGGUGAGAAAAUACUAGUAGGUUUAAAAUUGAAAGAGGGAAAAACAGAUGAAAAUGUGGAUGUUGAAGGUGGUGAUAAAGAUACAUCAAAAGCUUUCACAGAUCAUGAUGUCAGAGAAAUCACAAUUAAGUCUGAAACAUUUGACAGCCAACAUAUGAAAAUGGAGAAUAGAGUUACUCCUGGUCAAAAUAUAGAUACUUCAAAAGAAAGCCAUUGUGCUUCAAUUAAAGAUGCAGUUUCUGUUGAAAAUGAUACGCAGAAAUGUCAAGAAGAUGAGAAGGGCGAGAUCAUCUGUUGUUUACUCCGCACACUACCAAAAUACAACGUACCUUCAGUUGGCCCAACAUUCUGGACUGAUGGGUGGAGAAAGAAAUUGUGCAAGUGUACAGAAUGUAUGAAGCUGUACUUCAAAAACAAAUGCCUAUUCCUUUUGGAUGAAGAAGACACGGUCCAUUUCUAUGAAGAACAUGGAAGGUCUUGCAAUGACAGAGAGUCUCAGUAUGACAAGGGCUUGUCAGUUUUACAAAAUAUGGACAGAGUUCGUCAAGUUGAGGCCAUAUAUGAAUAUAACACCAUGAAGAGUGAGUUGAAAGAUUACCUCAAAAAAUUUGCUGAUUCCAAAAAGGUUGUAAGGGAAGAGGAUAUCAGGGAGUUUUUCAGCCAGAUGCAGGCUAGAAAAAGACGGCGUGUUGACUGCCACAUACCCGAGUUUUGUCGGUAGAUCGAUUUGAUCGUAGAGCCUUUGUAUAUCACAUAAAUUGUUUUUAAACUAUCAGAAUGAAUUGGGCUGAAUUUCUGGAAUGUAUUGUGUAAGUUAGAAAUAUGCUCAAUUCACAGUAAAAUAAAGCAGUUUAUGUACCUUUUAUUAUAAUAAAUAUUCCAAUUUAACUUUUCUUUCA